AUGGAUGCGGACAACCUCGCUCUCGCACAAGCUGCGAUCUCGGUCAUCCUUCUCGUGGCCGUUGUUCUCCGCCCUUUCGUUCCUAGCCGCCCGCGAUGGUGUCGGCAGUUUGCCCGCGAGCAGGAUGAUUACGCCGUGAGUCGCAAGACUUUGUGGACGCGUUGGACGCUUUAUCUUGCGAUGAUGGCAGUCGCCGGCUUAGCUUCGAGUGUAGCGUCCGUCAUCCUGGGACGACAUAGCCUCCCGCGCAUCCUGGAACUCGCGCCGUGGAUGGCCGCCGGUCUCAUCACUGCUUGGAGACGGCCCGUCAAGACACCUACGACGCUGCUCGCUCUUUACCUGGUCAUCUUGGUUUGCAGCAUCAUACCGUUUGCGACACUUCAGUUUCACUUCAAGUCGAGUUCAUGGCCCUACUUUGUCAACUUUGCCAUCAGUCUAGCCUCCACUGCGCAUCUCGCCAUGCCAUGCGCGAUCCCAGCUCUUGACGACGGUAUCGUCACAAGACCCGACGCAUACCCUCCGCAGUCCCGAAGACACCUCACGCUGUGGAAAUUCAUGACAGUCUCCUGGAUGGCCCCUCUCAUCAGCCGAGGCAAGCAACGAAAACUGAACGACGAGGACAUAUGGCAGCUGCCAUUUGAUUUCCAACACGACAAGCUGCAUACGCUAUUCCGGGACCUUCAGGGCUCAAUCGUCAGGAGGCUCCUGCAGGCUAACGGCUUGGACCUCCUCAUCAUCUCUGUCCUUGCCAUACUGGAGUCGGCAGCCAACCUUUCCAUGCCCUUGCUUUUGAAAAAGCUACUCGAGUCCAUGGAGCUCGACGAUGACCACAGGACGACGCCUAUCAUGUUUGCCGCCGCAAUCCUAUGCGUUCGAUUGGUUGCUUGUCAAUCCUCUGUCUUUUCACUCUGGUUCUCGAGGCGGUGCUAUGAGCGCUCGCGUGGAGAGAUGAUCACGACAAUAUACGCCAAAACCCUCACCAGAAAAUCGGUUGGUCAGGGACUCCCCGAAAAGGACGUCGGCGAACUGGAAGAAUCGGACGUUGUCGACACAGAAGCUUGCCAGGAUGAUGAUGCCAAUGGCGAGGAGCAGCACGCGAAGAGCCGUUGGACUGGCCUCCUGUCGUUUCUACGCCUCCGGCGAGGAAAGCCAGGCUACCAGAAGAUCGUCGCUGAGCCGGAAAAGACGAAGCAACCAGCCACGACGGGCAAGAUAUUGAAUCUCAUGAAGAGCGACGUGUAUGAAGUUGCACAGCGAUUUUGGGACUUUCCGCAGCUCAUCGUCAAACCCCUUCAAUUCAUCGUGUCACUGGUCUUGGUGUGGCAGCUUGUUGGUUGGCCAUGUCUUGUAGGCAUUGCCUGCAUCCUGGUUGCUCAGGUCCUCAACGCCUUCUUCAUCCGCAAGGUCUUCCAGAACGAGCGCGUCCGGCGAGUGGCUGUGGACGAACGCCUGCAAGCAACAAGCCAGUUCGUCGAGGGAAUCCGCCACUUGCGAUGGUAUGACUGGCAGUCAAAAUGGGUGGAUCGGAUCAUGGACACGAGGCAGCGCGAACUCGCCCGUAUGGUUACCACGAGACUUUGGAUCAUUGGGAUUUCAACUCUCAAUAUUGCUUCAGGUGCUUUGUUCCCUGUUGCCACCUUCUUCGCCUACACGGUUUUGGCCAAAAAGCCGCUCACAGUGGGCAUUGCGUUCCCCGCCCUACAACUCUUCACCAUGCUGCAGUCCAACUUCAGAGAGAUUCCUGGUCUGAUCCAGGUCCUCCUAAACGCUUCGAUUGCCGUGGGCCGUAUUGAACAAUUCAUGGAAGAGCCAGAUAAGGAUGAGGGGUCCUGCGACAACAAAACAAACGAGAUCGACUUCAAAAUAGCCUCCUUUGCCUGGCCUGGUACUGACACACCGGUAUUGCGGGACCUCAACUUUGACAUACCGCAGGGUCUGACUGUCGUGUUCGGCAGAGUCGGCUCCGGCAAGACCGCUAUUUUACAGGCGAUAUUGGGAGAGUUAGACUGGGUGUCUGGCGACUUUGUCAUUCCAAAUGACAUGAUCGGAUACUGCGCACAACUUCCAUGGCUUCAACACAUGAACAUUAGGGAAAACAUUCUUUUCUCAGCGCACUAUGAAGCUGCUCGCUACAGGCAGGUUCUUGACGCCUGCGAGCUCUUGCCUGAUCUUCGCGAGUUCAAAGACGGCGACCUCUCGGACAUGGGCGAGAACGGUAUCGGUCUAUCAGGUGGGCAGCGAGCACGGAUUGCCCUCGCACGCGCUGUCUACAGCCAAUCGCAGGUCCUGCUCCUCGAUGAUCCCCUGGCUGCCCUUGAUCAUCACACGGCUGAGUCGAUUGUACGAAAACUUCUGCAGGGACCCCUUGUGAAGGGUCGCACCAUCGUGCUCGUUACGCACAGGGUCGAUCUCUGCCUACACCUUGCGGACCUGAUGAUCGAGGUUGAAGGGGGAACGGCCCGAGUGCUGGGGCCAGAAGAGGCGUCGGUCGAGGCAGCAAAGUUCAUGCGCAGCGAAGAGGGACAUGCGGCCACACACGAUGAAGAGCCCCAGAUGACCGACGACAACUCGCAAACAGAGGCGACCCCGGAAAAGUUCAUCGAAGAAGAACACCGCAAUGAUGGCGGUGUCAUGUUCUCCGUCUACUGGGAAUACAUCAAGGCGGGAGCUCUGAGCAAUUGGGCAACUCUUGUCGCUGUCUUUGCCUUGUAUCGAGUGGCAACCUAUCUGACGGCCUGGUUCCUCAAAUCUUGGACCGAAGCGUCUGAUACCACGAUCGCAAGAGUGCCUUCAGAUUCGUUCCUAUCGCGACUUUUGGAUCUAGCCUUCUCUUGGCUCCCGAAUCCCAAUGACAGCAUUCAGCUUUGGAUCCUUGCCUACCUUUGCCUUGCGCUGGUACAAACAAUAGUCUACGUUGUCUCCGAGGGGCUCAGCCUUUUCAUGAUCUACAGGGCGGCCAAGAGCCUGUUCAUUCGAGUCAUCGACAAGGUCAGCAACGCAACUUUCCGAUUCUACGACGUCACACCCGUUGGCCGCCUGAUGAAUCGCCUCGUAUCGGAUAUCGGCAUGAUAGACGGUGGCAUCAUGGGCCCUCUGCAGCUGACCGCCUGGUUCGCCAUCUCGUGGAUCUCGAGCAUGGGCGUCAUUGCAUCUCUGACUCCGCUCUUCCUUGCUUUCUCUCUUGGGGUGUCUGCCUGGUUUGUGUACAUCUUCCUGUGCUUCUUACCGACGUCGCAAAGCUUGCGCAGGCUGGAAAUGGUGUCGCUGAGCCCCCUCAUGUCCAACUUUGGCAUUCUCCUGGAUGGCUUGGGCACGAUUCGCGCCUUCAACGCGCAGCCCCAUUUUCAGCACAAGAACAUUGUGGUCGUCGAUGCUUUCCAGAAGAUGGAUCACUUCUAUUGGAGUUUACAGUCCUGGCUCAUGUAUCGUUUUGACGCCUUGUCGGCAGUUUCAACAUUUGCUCUCACCAUAGUCGCGUUGCAAAAGGGCUUCUCUCCGAGUCUGACAGCAUUCGUCCUUACGACGGCUUCACAAUUCGUCGAGGCCACCCACAAUCUAUGCAGACAGUACGGUACUCUGCAAAUGGACUUCGUCUCUGUCGAGCGGGUAAUUGAGCUGCUCUCCAUCCCCUCCGAACCCUGCGGCACCGCCACGCCACCUGCCGUUUGGCCAGCUGCCGAGGACGCCAUCACCUUUAACAACGUCACACUCAAAUAUGCCCCUCACCUCGAUCCCUCCCUCAUCAAUGCCUCUUUCACGAUUCCCGGUGGCUCGACCUGUGCCGUAUUAGGUCGCACAGGCUCCGGCAAGAGCACUCUCGCGCUGGCCCUCUUGGCAACCAUGCAUCCGACAGAAGGCACCAUUAUGAUCGGCGAUUAUAAUCUGUCCGAUCUCGACGUCCACGCCUGGCGCCAGCGCAUCUCCUUCGUGGCGCAGGACCCGGUCCUCUUCCCCGGCACGCUGCGCGAUAACCUUGACCCUCUCAGUCAGUUCUCCGACGGCGAGUGCGCCAGUGUCCUGGCGCGUGUGCUCGGUGGGGACUGGACCAUCAAGUCGCGUGUUGAGGGUGGUGGAAAGAACCUGAGCCAGGGACAGAGGCAGCUCGUGGGAAUCGGCAGAGCGGUGUUGCGGAGGAGUCCGCUCGUCGUGCUGGAUGAGGCAACGGCGAGCAUCGACCGCGAGACGGGGCGCAGGUGCAAAACGUGCUCGAGGUAG